ACGUCGACGAGAAAUCGCUAGACAACAUUUCGCAACACACGCCUGGGGGAAACCGCCGGUCGCUAGCGGUGUACGCGCGAUUUUUUAACGCUCCGUGCCAGAGGGCGCACAUACGCACGCGUUAAGAGUAUCGAAGCCGAGUUGGGCCGACUGCAUCGGCGAACCGUGUCAUACACCUUCGUUGAUGUACAAAGUGUAGAGAAGAGCAGUGCUUCUGCAGGAUUAACUUUCCCGACAAGAGGUACCAGAACAACGAGCAUGCGCACCGGGCUACUGGGCGCACUGGUAGUGAUCUCCCUAGCGAGCACAUCUGCGGUCACUGGAGACAACUCGACCAUUCUCGUGCGAUCCAAGAGGCAAGGGCUUUUAGGAUCGCUGUUCAAGCCUGUCCUCGAUGCUGGCAAGCCAAGGCCGCAGGAGCAGGCACCUCAAGGCGCCGAGCAUCCGCACGGAGCGCCCAUUCAAGACAAAAAUGUCGUGAACAAGUUUCUAGAGAAUCUUCAGCGCUCGCAGCACAACUUCAACGUCCCGCGAAGGCGCUCCUCCUUCUUCGGACCGGCCAUCAACGCUCUGAGACAGUUUCAAAUAUGCACCACGCCACUCACAACCCCCGGGAAGUGCCGAUACGUCAGGGAAUGUGUGCUUCCCGCGUUUCUGGAAAAUUUUGACCUGUUUCUCAGUUACUCGUGUGUCAUCAGCAAUCGUCACCUCGGUGUGUGCUGUCCCGAUGAAUUCUUCGGCAAUCUCUUGACUCCGCGCAAACCUUUGUUUCCCAUCCUGAGUGGUCUGCUCAACAUCGGCAAGAAACCGUCCAGCCCGCCGCCCGUGCAGAAUCCCGAUUACGAGGAUGGUCCCGGCGGGCCCAACUUGCCCAACGUCGACCAGCCGCUAACGCCCGACGAGCUAGUGGACGGGCACGGAGGUGUACCACCCCACAAUCAGCCGGUGCAGCCCCAGCCACAGCCCCAACCCCAGCCCCAGCCACAGCCACAGCCACAGCCACAGCCACAGCCACAGCCUAGUCCUGCGACAAGGCCUCCUCCAGUACAACCUCCACCAGUGCAACCCCCACCAGCACAACCCACACCAUCGCGGCCGCCAGUCGUGCAGCCGCCGAACCCUCCACCGAGCAACUCGCCGACAGCCAAUGCGCCCAUCCAGUUUCCAGAUGAUGACGAGGAGGAGGCGGAAGCCCAUGAUGCGUCCGCACAUCCGCAGAAGCCUCCGUCCCAGCCACAGCCUAGCGGUGGGCAGACUAGUGAACGUCAGAAGCCACUACCUCCAGUGCCUCCUGGACUGGCCCAAUUGACGACAUCUUGCGGCUUAAACUUCAAGACAAGGAUCGUGGGUGGCACUAUCGCCAAGCCGGAUGACUGGACAUGGAUGGCUGCUCUUUUGCGGAAAGCGGAUGAUGACCAGUUCUGCGGCGGUGCUUUGAUCAGCGAUCGAUAUGUAAUUACAGCGGCCCAUUGCACUCAGGGACUUCGACCGCAGAACAUCACGGUGCGUCUGGGAGAGUACGACUUCAAGACGAACACGACUAGUCGGCUGCCUCGAGAUUUCAACGUGUCGCGCAUCCGGCAGCACCCGGAGUUCCGCAAGGACACCUACCAGAACGACAUCUCUCUGCUGCGCAUGAGUAGACGUGUGCGCUUCACCGAGAACAUCAGGCCCAUCUGCCUGCCCAAGAGUCCCGACGAGUCCUUCAUCGGCAAACUGGCCACCGUUGUCGGCUGGGGAACGCUGUCCUUCGGUGGUCCUUCGAGCUCCAUUCUGAGGCAAGUAUCGCUACCGGUGUGGGACAACACGGAGUGCAAGACCAAGUUCACGCAGCAAAUCCCCAAGAUCUUCCUGUGCGCCGGCACACGGGAAGGCGGUCAGGAUGCCUGUCAGGGAGAUUCCGGAGGACCUCUCAUGGUUGAGGAUGACAGUACUCAGUGGACAUUGAUAGGAGUUGUGUCGUGGGGCAUAAAGUGUGCCGAAAAGGGCCUGCCGGGAGUAUACACACGGAUAACAGAGUUUCUCGGCUGGAUCUACGAGAACGCUGUGUGAUAAAAAAUCGGCAAAGACACCACCAUUCACAGGGAAUCAACUCAUGCUCAGUCAUCUUCAUACAGCUCAUCUGCAAAGGAGCGAACGUAGGAAAGAGUUUCGAGAGUGAAAGACCACGGGGACCAUUUAUCACAUAGCUCAUGAACUUUGUAACUACUACUUUGUAAUGUAUCAUGCCUUUUGAAAGCAGUCUUCAGAGAAUACAAGAAAUGAAU